CAGUGUUUAGGUGGCCAGAGAUUAAACUUCACAUAUGGCCUUCUUGAGGUAAUGUCAGCUUGGGCUUAGAAGGGCUCAUACCACCCUAAGUCUUCAAUACUAUUGGCAAACACCUGGACUAUCAGACCUGGCACCUAGGAAGUUGAUCACCCAUUUGAAGAAGUGAAAAUCCCAAAAGAACAAGGUGUAUUUAUUCAGACAAUAGGAAGGUGGCACAUAGAGAAAGAACACAGAAGACAAAAUGCAGGCGACAUCACUUUACUCUUCUUUGGACUGGUAUGGAGAGAUUGAGGCCAGCUGGCUGAUGCAAGAUGGGAUCCCCACAUGGUACCAUGGAGCCAUUUCCAGAGAAGCCACUGAAAGUUUGCUCCAGAAGAAACCUCUGGGAUGUUUCCUAGUACGAGUAAGCGAGAGUCAUGCGGGCUACACACUGUCUUACAGAGCUAGGGACUGCUGCCGCCACUUCAUGAUCAAGCUUUUGCCUGAUGGUUACUUUGCAAUCCCUGGAGAAAGGGGUGUCCACUCAACAGUAGUGGAACUUGUGAAUUUCUACCAGAAAAAUCCCUUUGAGCCCUACAAGGAACUGCUAACUCAGCCGUGUGGCCAGGAGAAUGAGAACAAUGCAGUCUAUGAGGAGAUCUCUCUUUACUCCAACAUGGCAGUGGAUGGUAAAACCAGACCAGCAGACAGCUCAGCUGCCCACAUGCCCAAGCCCUGCUCAUCUCUUCCCAUUACUGUAUCCCUGAGAUCCGUGCCACUACCCUGGAAAAGAAUGACAGAGAAGUGCAAGGCUGACAGACCAAACUCCUCGUCCCAGAUGUGGGCAAAACCUUUAGAGCAAUCACCAGCCCCAGGCCAUACCCAGAGGUCAGGGAAGGCUUUGCUGAGUGAUGCCCCACCAAAAAUCUGGAAGAAUCUUAAAAAUCUGCCUCAGACUGGGAAGAAAAUAACAAAGCAAAUAAAAAGUCAUCUCUCUGAUGUGAAGCUCUCCUUCCCUUUUUCAACAGUAGCUGGGAGCCAUGGAGAGAGUCAAGCCAGGGGGAUGCCAGGAGGAGAUGAAUCUGCCACCCAGGUAGAAGACAGUCACCCUAAGACUCAAAAUCUCUGCCUGCCUUCAAGCAAAAUGGUUGGAACAUCAGCCACCACAAUUUCCACUUCUGAGGAUGCCAUCUUCACUGGCCCUAGAAGGGGGGUGAUCUCAGGAACUACAUGCCAGGACAGUCCCAGGCCAGCAGGUCAUGAGCUGGGCUCUUUCCCUGAGGAGUACUAUCCACCCCCACCCUUUGCCCCAGGGUACUGAGAGCCUCGGAGGAAACAGAGGGUCACUCACAAUGGUAGAUGCUCUGUACUCCAGGUGUGGUCUAGGGUGACAGAUGGGUCCUGUGUCUAGAGUAUGGUGUUCAGUUCUAGGCACCCCAUUCUAGGAUAAACAUUAACAAGCUCAAAGAGAAUGCAGAAGGAAAUAACUAGUUAGUAAAGAAACCAGAAAUCCAUCAAUAUAAGAAUCAGUUGAAGGACCUGCAGAAUUUUAGCCUGGAAAAGAGACUUAGUGGGGAUGGACAAUUUCUGUCUUCAAAUAUCUGAAAGACCAUCAUAGCAAAGAGGCAAUAAUCAUUUUGCUUGCCCAUUGAAAGCAGAAUUUUGACCAAUGGGAGAAAGGAACAGAAAGGCAGAUUUGGGCUCCUUAUAAAAAAGACCUGAGUUCAAGUCCAGAAUUUGACACAUCCUAGCUGUGUGAUCCUGGGCUAGUCACAGCCUCUCAAUGCUCUAGGCACUGAAACCAUCAGUGGCAAGAAAAGAUGUAAACCUGUGUGAGUAGCAGGAGUUUCCUCACCUGGGAGUACCCAAUACCAAUGAGAUUAUAGGUGCUAUCUCUACCCUCAUAAAAGAAGAUGCCUCUACCAUUAGAGUUAUCUAACCAUGGAACAGGCUGCUUUGGAUGGGUAGUGACUUGCCCAUCACUGACUGUCUUCAAAUAGAGGCUGGAUAAUCACAUUGCUGAGGAUGUUGGAUUUACUUAUCUAUGUACCUGUUGUUUGUAAGAAUGCAAGUUCCUUGAGGGUAGGAACUAUUUCCUUUCUAGGUGCUGCAGAAGAUUGAGCUCUGAACCUAAAGUUAGGAAGAGCUGAGUUCAAAUCUGGCCUUGGACACUUAUUAGUUGUGUGACUCUGGGCAAGUCACAUAUGU